AUGGGUUGUAGUCCUUCCCACGCGGUCAUCAUAAAUUCAUCACCAACCCAUGAGACUAUAUGCUUGCAGCCGCGAAUUUAUAUGGUUUCCGAAUCAACGCUGUGUUUGUUAAAAGAUGUGGGUGAAUUAAGAGUAUAUAAUAUCGAUGAAACAGACCCUGCAAAAGCAGCGGAAAAGUUUCGAGGCGCUGAAGAACAGCUUCAAAAUCCCCUCCUCUUUCAUCCUCAGCUUCGCGGACGAGAACGGUCAAACACUGAUGAUUUAAGGUCGCUAUCGUCAGACUCGGGACCAUCGAGUGUACAUGUUGGCAAGGAGAUAUCCACCGGAGGCCAAGACAUUAAUCAAAGCGACGGGGACUUGGUCGAAAUACCCAAAAACGAGGAGGAAGGAGACAGUGUUGAUUAUCAAAGUCAGUAUGGCACGGGCGGAAUAGCAAGCGAGGAAAGGAAACAAAUAUUGAAGGACGGAGCGGCACAGACUUCAAAUGCGCAUUCAACAAUUGUUGAAGUUUACAGCUACAGAACAGGCGAGGAUGGUAGCACUGCAGAAAAUGAAAGCAAGCGCGAGAGUCUAGCUAUGGAGCCACCGUAUAUUGUGGACAGCGCAAGCACGGCUGCUUCAGUUGAUAUGGUUUCAUCGAUUGAACAAGAUCGAACUUUGGAAGACACGCAGAGCGAAAGCAAGAUCGAGGAAUUGGAUGUCUUGCCAGAUGCGACAUUUGGUUGGUCGGAAACUUCUUGCAGAGGAAUACCUGCAGCGAAAGCCUCCGAACAUCUGGGGAACGCAAAACAAGCGAAA